GGUUCUGGUUAUGCGCAACAGAUCGACAUUAUAAUUCACUCGCUGGAAUCUUCUGUGAAUGUCAGUUAUCGUCGUUGCAACUUCAUGCUUUUGAGUAGCCUUGAGUAGGCUUAAUCAUAUCAAAGUUAACGAUCGAGCUAUUCGCUAUCCGCUAUGGGCAAAUCUCCAGUUGGAAGUCUGAUCCUCAUUUGCUAUUUAUGUAGCGUUACUUUUGGUGAGCUUUGUGAAAUAUCAACACGUGAAGAAUCAAGCAGCUAUUGCAGGAAAAUACGCGAUGAAAGUCUAAAAAUGGAGCAAGUCUUUUACAAGCUGACAAGAGAGAUUUCGAUUCCGGGCCCAGCAGAUGCACCUAUGCCCCUUCUGGAUCAACCUCUAAACGCAACCUUCAAACACUUCCUAACAGACAAAUUCGACGCCCAUUGCUUCAAUAUCCAUUUCAUUGUACUUCAAAAAAUGUUGAAUGGCAUAUCUCAGGCAGCAUUGAAGCAUUUUGCAACCCAGAACUUCACAACCUUUCACGAAUAUAACAAUGUUCCUCGGUUUUUCAAAAAAUCUCUAGGGUUGCAUGAUAAAGAGAAACAGAAGUAUUUUAAAGAUCCGUCGAUUAGCUACCCUUUCGUGAAAGAUUUUACAAAGAAUGAUCAUUUUCUUUCGGAUGAGUACUUUGUGGAAAAAUGUCUGGCAGGUUCAAGUGUCAUGGUACUGCGUCGCGUUACAAGAAGAGGCAAAAUUGGAACUAAUUGGAAUGUCCUAAAACAAAGAUUGAAUCCAAAGUUCAACUGGGGUAAAGCGAUUCACUCUGUUACAAAAAGAGGCUGUUGGCAGUCAAUCAUUGGAAGAAUGGUGUAUGUUGCAGAAUUUCCACUGCUUACUGGAUUAAAGAACCUCCCCAACAUAUUGCCUCGAAAAUAUCCACCUGGUGUCAAGAUGAUCCCCCAAACCAACCCCAUCGCAAUAUUUGCAAGUCGGUAUAAUCCAAAGAAAAGGAAAUACGAGCUGAAACCGGUCGCCAUUCAGAUAGAUGACACACAAGCGGCAAAAGUAUAUGCUCCAUGCGAUGGAUUUCAUUGGCAAGUUGCAAAAGCGAUUUUUCAAGUCUCCAGUAUGUAUUACACACAAGUUCACGAGCAUUUACUGCGCACUCACCUCCGUAUGGAACCAAUUUGUGUUGUUUUGAAACGGCAGCUAUCCAAGUACCAUCCUCUGCACGAGCUACUGAAAUACCACUGUAGAGGAGUUAUCGCAGUAAAUGCAAAUGGUUUAAAGGCACUUAAUAGCCCAGGGGGUUUCCUGAACCAGCUGUUUGGAUAUGGACACGUUGGUAGUUACAAAUUGCUGCAAAGAGGAUAUGAGAAGAUGGUAUGGAAUGACAUUGGUCUGGAAAACAAUAUUAAGGAACGUGGGAUGAACGACAAAAAAAAGGUUCCUUUUUAUCCAUACCGCGAUGAUGGCAUCGUCGUCGAUCGAGUAAUAAAGAAGUUUGCAAGAUCAUUUGUUGAUAUAUAUUACGGUGCUGAUGAAGACGUUCAACAGGACAGCGAGCUUCAAAGCUUUAUAAACGAGCUUUCUAUUAACGGAAGGAGGCCGCCAAACAGUGGAGCCGGAAGGGUUAAAGGUCUACCUUCACAUUUUACAACGAAGUUUCAAGUUGCGAAGUUUCUUUCAGAAGUACUCUGGAUUCAAGUUCAUCAUGCUUUGAUGACCUAUCCACCGCUCGUUUUUGAAUCGACAAUGGCUCUAUCUCCAUCUAAACUUUAUGCAGAUUCUAGAGGAUACAAGGAAAAGAAUCUUGCCUAUAUGCUCUCAGGUCCUCAGGCAGCUAUUUUACAAUCAAGGCUGGCUGCAAGCAUUGGAACUGUCCAUUACGACAGUCUGUUUGAUUAUGGUGAAAAGCUGAGAGACGAACCAAUGAAAAGACUGGUAGGAAGGACUUACAGGAAACUAAUGGAGAAAGUAAAACCACUGCUUGAUAGAAGAAAUGAGCGAAGGUUGAAAAGGGGACAAGCCACAUACCCAUUCAUCGUUCCUGGUUGGGUUCCAAACAGCAUCACCACAUAGAAAAGACAAUUGUACCACAAAUUGAAGUGCACUAUUUCAUUUCUCGUUACUUGGCUAACUUAUGUGAUAAUGCAAUAUUUUUUUAAGGGCAUUGUGUUCGCCUGUCGGUGAAUUUUUAAAAUUCUGGUUUUCAUCAAAAUGUUCUUUUAUUAUUCCGUAUAACUUUGUUUUCGUAACCCCGAACAAUUUAUGCUUUCUAUGUUGAUCGAUUACUAUAUUUUUUGAGCAAAGAUCUUCAGAAUACAUCUCAACUAGUUAUGUGACAUAAACAAGGCAUUCUGUAAAACGAACAUAAAUUCAACAACCAACAUUAUUCAAAUGUGUUGCAACCAAUAACCUAACAUGAAAAGCAGCUUUAAAAAUUAAUAAACAUAUCACAAAGUAGGAUUGAAUUCUAGAAAUGAAUCUUGAUAUGCAAGGGACUUUAUUUCUCUUAAGUCAAAAUCAUUUUCCAUAUUGUUUGAAUAAAGGCAUGGAAAAAACGCUUUUUAAUGAAAUAAGCCGUAGUCUUAUUAACAUGGACUAGAAUCUAAAAAAAAAUUUUAUUGUGAAUAUUAACUAAAAUCAUUGUCUUUUAAAGCACAGAACUACCUUCGGCUCAAAUAGGAUUUUUAAAGCCUAUAGCUUUGACGUUUUUCAUGGAAAAAUUCAUAAAAAACUCUCUUUAGGGCGUAAAUUUUCUUUCAUCGGAGUCUAGUCUUGAUUCAAAAUUUUUAUUUUGAAUAAAUUAGCUCUUAAAAAAUGGAUAUUUUUGUAAAACUAAAGCCUUGCCUUUUUUCAUAGCGAAAGACUUUUGACAGAAAAAAAUCUCUUUUAGAGCAAA